GUGCACGCGCCUUACGCUUUUCCCACCCUGUUAUUUUACCCCCUCUUUUUUCGACCACCCCCUCCAGAAACGAGUGCCCCUAGAUUCUGGCAAUACUUCUCGCAACCGAGACAACGGGACAGUUUUCAUACGGCGCACCCUCUUGCCGAUUCGGUUCCACAUCAAAUGAUACGGAUAGCGAGCCUGUGCUUUUACGCGGUUCGUGUAUCCGUUUUACUUUGAUCGCUGUCUACCUAUUAAUCGUUCGCGCGUGCACAAGCGUGUUAAUUAGAAAAGGUGCCUUUAACGUGUUAAGUGUUGACAGGUAGAGUGGGAUCUUGUACGAUCAAUCAGUUGUUUUGUUCAACAAUCUCCGAUUCCAUUUACAUUUUAUUCGAUCCGAACAAACAGCCUUUAAAGUAACACGAAUACAUAACCGUGCGAGUCCGUACAAUCAAUUCACAGCGAAGCCAUAAGUCAUAAAAUUUGUACGGAGAUGUUCGACUAAAGUAAAUACCGGUAGUCAAUUUUAAUUGAUCCCGCACCCACGGGACUUAUGCGGUAUUCUCGUGUUGUUCGAACGAAUUCAACUGUGAAAUUUAUUAACGCACCGACAGGGGAGGAAAAAAGGAAACUCUCGCGCCUCUUUUCGUUACGCACGAAAUGUUAAAGUAUAAUAAUCAGAGCGAUCGGUAUGUUUGCGAAUUAAGGGAGUUUUUAAAUCGAUUGGUAUAACAAAGCAAUUUAUACAAAAAAGAGGAAUAUCGAAGAAACAUGUUGGCACGAAGAUACUCUAUUACGAGACCCACGCACCGCGACUUCGAAGGUUUCAAUUAGACGACGUAAUCAAGUGAAUCAGAACUAGUAAUAGCUUUUCGAGAAUCUAUCUUCAACGAUGAUGCUGAAGGAGGAACGCGACGGUGGCUACAAAAGAAACUGUUGUCCAACAAUAAGAUCAUCGGGGAGCGAGCUCGAGAGACGAAAGAUAAGAAAAGAUCGACGAAUCGUCUCGAGUGUGACAACCGAUUGAACUGAUAGUUUCUUCUUUUUUUUAUCGUGGAUCUACAACGUAGCCUAAAGGGAUUCUGGGCUCUGGAAUCAUAAGCUGGCAUCAUGGGGAAUGGUAUGAAUAAGGUACUUCCUGGCCUCUACGUCGGGAAUUAUCAUGAUAGUAAAGAUGCUGAUCAAUUAGAACGAUUCGAGAUCACCCAUAUUUUGGCAAUUCACGACACUGCUCGUCGAUUGCAUUCUGAUAAGCAUUAUUUAUGUAUACUGGCGUCGGACAGUCCAGAUCAGAACUUAUCUCAGUAUUUCUCCCUGUGUAAUGACUUCAUUCACGCAGCUCGUCUGCGCGGUGGAAACGUUCUGAUACAUUGCUUAGCCGGUAUGUCAAGGAGCGUGACAGUAGCAGUGGCCUAUAUUAUGAGUACCACCAAUCUUUCAUGGAAAGAGGCACUCAAAGUGGUCAGAGUAGGUCGUUCCAUUGCCAAUCCAAACGUCGGUUUUCAGCAACAGCUAAAAGAUUUCGAAUCUAGCCGAUUGCACGAGGAACGACGUAGGCUGAAGGAGCGAUUUCCAAGCUUGGCACUGGCAGAGUCCGAUGCAGAAGUGUGUCGUACUACUUUGAGAAAUUACGAAACCAUGGCAUUGGCACGGGAGGUGUGCGAGGGAAAAUGUGCCAUGGGCCGUCCUUGUCCGACUGGACUAUGCAGGCAACCAUCCAAAAGAAGUCCAAGAAGAAAGCCAUCCACGGGUAGUACUAGCAGCUUAACCAGUGGAAGAACUCCGCCACAAACACCACGAAUGUUACCGUCUGCACCACCAUCACCUGCUAUGCAGAGAUCAAGUAGCGUACUUUCGGCUGCGAGACCAAGAAGCGGUCCUGCAGGUUUACAUUAUUACACAGGGGGAUCUGCACCUCCAUCUAGAGCUGUGUCAAGGGUGGAUUUGUCCGCGGCUGUGGCGUGCAGCAGUAGCAGUACGAGUUUGUCAUCAGUGGGUAGAUCCGGUCUAUCUAGUAGUAAUUGGCGUUUAACAGCUGGAUCAGCCCCAAAUACACCGAGGCCAACACCACCGGUAUCUCCUCAACGUUGGCCAAGGAGAGCUUCCAAUCGCCAAACACCUCAGUUGCCAGUCUCAUCAGAAACUCCAUCUACGACGACGUAGCACUUGAGGAACUUCCGUUCGUUCACGAUUUUACCUGAAUAAUUUCAACGUCGUAUCACGUCGACGUAAUGUCAGUAUUUCGUUGCGAUUCUGUUGCUUGAUGAGUGAAAGAAAGAAUCGUCGAGAAGUAUCGAACGACGGAGAACUUUGAUAACAUGCACUUAAGCUUCCCAGUUUGAAACGAUGUUCAAUUAUGUGCAAAAACUUUUUCAGGAGUCUCUCAGUGAACUGCUUCGAUCUGCUUGUGCUAAUUCGCGAGAUUGUUUGGCAAGACUAUAGCACUCAGCACAACGGUGGUUUCUGCUUUUACGGGUCGAUAGUUAUAUUUGUUAAUCGCGUAAGAAAAACGACAGACUGUCGUUUGUAUUGCUAAUAAUAAUUGCAGACGUCACAGGUGGAACCGCACAAGGCACACAUAUUUUCUUUUCGCUUCAAGCGAAUGCGUAAGGCGGAAAUUCAAUUGUUCAAAAGGGUCCGCGUUUCAGAAACUCACAAAUUGUUCAUUGACGCGGUAUAAUUUUAAACGUGCGUUACAAUCAUCGACAAUCUUACGUAUGAUUCUAGGAUUCUCGUUAAUUGACAUUCUUUUUUUAUAAAAAAAAGAGGUGUACCAUAAAUAUUGUUAUUUACGACGAAGCUAUGAAAAACUGUCCAAAAAGAUCUCUUUGUUUACUCGUGUAAAAGUCCACUCGUAGAGGAUUCAUUACUAUGUAUGGAACGUAGAGUUAGAAGUACAGAAAAUCAUUGCAUUCAAGGGAAAGCGCUUAUUCUCGUGUUUGUUUAUCAAUCAUCGAUUCGCUGUAGUUGUAAACUCGAUCAUAUAAUAGCACACGCUUGAUCACUUUUCUAAAAUCAAAGCUUGAUGCCAAUAUUUGUAUUCAAAGAGAAACCAAAUUUUAAUGGCUAUCCUGAGAGAUUGAAAAGGAGUAUGCCAUUGAUAUCGUUAAUAAUUGUGAAUAGAUUAUUUGAGUAUUAAAAAAAAAAAUCGAUGAAACACGAGAAAUAUGAAAAGAUCAAGAGCUGUUGUUCCCUCGAAUCGUUCCAUUAAGUUUGUUCGCAACCGUCCAUUGCAGUUGUUGGAUUUUGUAGCGAAACCACGCUGUUUAGCGCAAGUUGUUAAUCUAAAAGGAAGCAUAUUAAAACAUAUUUGAAGUGUGUGUCGAUGGAAGCAUUUUAUGCACACGAAAAAUAGAUAUAUAUUAAUACAUUAAGCCUAGGACGAUUUUUGGUAAAAAAUUUGUAUGACUAUCUUGUUAGCGCUAAAGGUUCACGGCUCACUUCAUAGGCGGCCCCUUCCCUACGCUUCCACCCGUGCCGUAGGCGGCCGCGGGAAGAAUGACGAGACAGUGAAGGGGCCCCCUAUAUAUAGGUCUGUGGCCGCCCGCCUCACACGCACUUACGCGCGAAAAUUUGAAUUAAUAUUUACUUUGUUAUUCGUACUGUUCAGUGCUAUACUAAAUUCUAUAAUAUUUAAUAAUUAAAAAUGAUGCUAUUUUUGUUCUAAGUCAUUUUUAAUAAUAAUAUUAUUAAAAUUAAAAUUUUGCGUGUGCAAAAAAUACCGCUGGACAUCGCACACACUUGUAUGCAUUUGUAAGCAUACGUUGUUGCAAAUGGAUUUCAGAAGAUUUUAUAAACUGUUGGCAAUGGUGAUUAUUAUGCGACUAUGUCGUAGAUUAGAUAGACACGUUGUUAUUUUUUCGUGCACCACAGGUAUGUACGAUCCACGCACGAUGAGUGAGAAAAGAAAGAAUCCGAGCGAAUCUUGUACCUCAUUCCUCUAAUCAUCGAGGCAUAUUUCUUAGAUUCACACGAUAGAAAUAUUUAUUUUUCUAGAAUCACUCGACCGUAUCAUAGAUUAAAACGGAAUAGUUAGAAAGUAGAGAAUAAAGUGCGCAGAUAAGAGUAUAUUAAAAAAAUAAGAAAACAAAAAAAAGCAUUUCAGUCAACUUUUUAGCGUUAUUCAAUCCAGAAGGAUGAUUUUAACAAUAACACUGACUAGGUAAUUGUAAUUGUAUUGUUAAAAUCACUUUCUUUGUAUAUGCUGUACUCGUUUGAAGAACUUGAUCAUUAAGAGUCCAAUCGAUAUGAUCUAUUACUGGUUUACUUGUUUGUUAUUAUUUUUAAAUAUUCAAUUAAAGUAUAGUGAUAAUGGAGCAAUAAUGUGAUGUGAAAAACGUUCACGAUUCAAAGUUUGAUCCAGUGAUCAAGAUCAUUUCCAUUGGUCUUUUCAAGAUCAUUAAUGUUCUCAAUUAAUUCAAAGGGGUACAACUAUGAUGAUGUUAAAAAUCCACAAAGUAUUUUUUAUAAACUUAUUGUUUUCAAACGUUUGCUGGAUAUUGACAUAUCGCUGUUAUAAUAAUUAAAUAUAUAUAUAUAUACACCGAUACACACAACGCUUGACCAUUUAAAUACGAAAAUAUAUAUACGUAUAUAUAUUUGUAGAGAAAGAGAGUGCGUGUGAGAGAAAGAGAGAAAACAGUUCUAAAUUAUACAUAUAUAUACGUUCUUUCAUCCUAUUGUUAGAAUUUUCAUUUAAAUAUAUUUAUAUUUAUUUAAUCAUUAUAUUUUAUUUCAAUAUAUUUAUAGAAUGAUCCAUAUUUUUUAUUUGAUGCUUAUGCUACGUGAAUUUAGGUUGUGACUGUGAAAAUAAAAUAAAAUUAUGAAAGAAAAGGAAUGAUAAACGAAAUGUCUUUUAAAAAUUAAAUAAUGAUUCGUUUUAAGCUUGACAGAAUAACUUUCGAAAACACUUUAAGUCGCUGUUUAUUUUUUAGAAUUCUAUUGUUAAUGAAAUAUUAAAUUAAGGGGACAAAUUGAAAAUAUACAUGCGAUUUUCUUCAAAGAAAGUUAGUUUCCCAAUGAUUUUAAAAUAUUGUAAAGCGACUUGUAUUUUUUAAUUAGAAUAUAGAAUUUCCUGAUGCGAGCGUCGAGGCCGAACUUCGAAUUCCGCGUCGGUAAAACAGUCAACGUUUCAUCGAAAAUUAGGCCGAACAGAAACUGAUUUAAGCGCCACUUCAAUUAUCGCAUGCUAUCAACCCUAUCAACUAACGGCAUGCUAUACUACGUCACCUUUCGCGUACACCUAAAUGAGUUCCGUAAAAUUGUAGUUGCAAUGUGAUACACUUCAGAAUCUGAAAGGCAUAGUUCCUGAAAAAUAUAUAACAGAGAUUAAAUA